AUGAAGGUCCUGCGAGCUCUUUGUAUUUUGGCCUUCCUGGCAAUGGCGUUCGCCGCUCCUCCCAUGCCCGACAGUGUGGUCAACGCCCAAGAGGCCAUUCGCGACCUGUGGCAACUAGCGCAUGAAGGAAUCUUCAUGAAUACGCUCCCGUGGAGAUACCGCGAUCUUCAGGCCAAGUGGGCCGACUUUCUCUACCACGAAGGCCCGGGUAUCGUCAACAGCUAUUACGAUGCAAAGUUUCCAUACUGGACAGCCGGAGCCCGCUGGCACGGAAAACCAAGGUUUCUGAGGAUGGUUACAUUCGCCGACACCAAAACGUACUCUUUCAGGCCGAGCCACGAUGCCAUGAAGCCAGAGGUAGCCGCACUCCUCGUGCAGAGAUUCGCCGAGAAGAUGCCCAUUCCCAAGACCGAGUGGGGAAAGGACCUCAGUCUUGCUCAGCCCGGCACGAGCAAGUCUUAUCCUCACUCUGCCGAUCGCUGA